AGAUAAGGGGGAGCGGGAGAUCGCGAAUCCUGCCCAGUUACACGAGCCAGCCAGCCGGAACAGCAGCUUCUCCGUUUAGGUGUUUCUUCCCAGGGAGAGCUGCCGAUUCCGAGGCCGACUCCAGCAAUGGCCUUUGCAAAUCUACGGAAAGUGCUUAUCAGUGAUAGCCUGGACCCUUGCUGCCGGAAGAUCCUGCAAGAUGGAGGGCUGCAGGUGGUGGAGAAGCAGAACCUGAGCAAAGAGGAGCUGAUAGCCGAGCUGCAGGACUGCGAAGGCCUUAUUGUCCGCUCGGCCACCAAGGUGACCUCUGAUGUCAUCAACGCGACCAAGAAGCUGCAGGUGGUGGGCCGGGCUGGCACAGGCGUGGACAAUGUGGAUCUGGAGGCUGCAACAAGGAAGGGCAUCCUGGUCAUGAACACCCCCAGUGGGAACAGCCUCAGUGCUGCGGAGCUCACCUGUGGGAUGAUCAUGUGCCUGGCCAGACAGAUUCCCCAGGCGACGGCUUCCAUGAAAGAUGGCAAAUGGGAACGGAAGAAGUUCAUGGGAACAGAGCUGAAUGGAAAGAUCCUAGGAAUUCUUGGCCUGGGCAGAAUUGGGAGAGAGGUGGCCACCCGAAUGCAAUCCUUUGGGAUGAAGACCAUAGGGUAUGACCCCAUCAUUUCGCCAGAGGUCUCGGCCUCCUUCGGUGUGCAGCAGGUGCCCUUGGAGGAGAUCUGGCCUCUCUGUGACUUUAUCACUGUGCACACACCUCUCCUGCCUUCCACCACAGGCCUGCUGAAUGACAGCACCUUUGCCCAGUGCAAGAAGGGGGUGCGUGUGGUGAACUGUGCUCGCGGAGGGAUUGUGGACGAAGGCGCCCUGCUCCGGGCCCUGCAGUCGGGUCGGUGUGCUGGAGCUGCACUGGACGUUUUCACAGAGGAGCCACCCCGGGACCGGGCCUUGGUGGACCACGAGAACGUCAUCAGCUGCCCCCACCUGGGCGCCAGCACCAAGGAGGCCCAGAGCCGCUGCGGGGAGGAGAUUGCCAUCCAGUUCGUGGACAUGGUGAAGGGGAAAUCUCUGACGGGAGUCGCCUUGGGAGAGAAGGAGUGUGGCUGGCAUGAUGGCAGGAUGCCCGAGGUAAACGCCCAGGCCCUUACCAGUGCCUUCUCUCCACACACCAAGCCUUGGAUUGGUCUGGCAGAAGCUCUUGGGGCACUGAUGCAAGCCUGGGCUGGGUCCCCCACAGGGACCAUCCAGGUGGUAACACAGGGAUUGUCCCUGAAGAACUCUGGGAGCUGCCUGACCCCCGCCGUCAUCGUUGGCCUCCUGAAGGAUGCUUCCCGUCAGACGGAGGUGAACCUGGUGAACGCCAAGCUGCUGGUGAAAGAGGCCGGCCUCAACGUAACCACUUCCCACAGCCCUGCUGCACCAGGGGAGCAGGGCUGCGGGGAAUGCCUCCUGACCGUGGCCCUGGCAGGUGCCCCCUACCAGGCUGUGGGCUGGGUCCAGGGCACCACGCCUGUGCUGCAGGCACUCAACGGAGCUGUCUUCAGACCAGAGGUGCCUCUCCACCGGGGCCUGCCCCUGCUCAUGUUCAGGACUCACCCCUCCAACCCUGCCAUGCUGCCGACCAUGAUUGACCUCCUGGCAGAGUCGGAGGUGCAGCUGCUGUCCUACCAGACCUCAAUGGUGUCAGAUGGGGAGACCUGGCACGUCAUGGGCAUCUCCUCCCUGCUGCCCAGCCUGGAGCCCUGGAAGCAGCACACGACCGAGGCUUUCCAGUUCCACUUCUAACCUUGGGCUCACUUGUCCCAGCCUCGUGGGAUUUUCUGAAGAAACACACCCACUGGGAGAGGAGAGCCACAUUCCUGGGGCUGACACUGCUUGUGUCUCAUCUGACCCCUGUCGUACAGCAAUAACCACCCAAUAAAGAGCCUACCCCGUA